AUGGCUCCUACUACCAGCAACCCCAACUCUAACUCUAAUGUCCUCUGUGAGGAGACCCAAAUCUCUGAAGAAUUGUUAGUUCAUGCUACCCCACGUACCGCUCCCAUACACCUCGACUACCUGGUCUAUGUGAGGAAUGUUAAACCGGCAGUCGAGGAGCUCAAUCAUAUCGUCGAAACAACCCAUCCAUGGGCUAAAGUGUCACCCAAGGUCGCCCUUGCUCCUUUGGUUGUUGACAUGCAGGCCAUGACCUGGAACGAAUUCCAAUCCCAAGCCACCACCCACCUUGGUGGCCACCAGCCUUGGAUCUUGGAGGUCUUGUCCGACGCGAACGACUUCCGCGAGCUCAAAUGGCAUGCUUGGAUUGCUGGCGAUCUGAAAUACCCCGAGCACAAGUACGCUCGAAUUCAUGGGCAUCUAGACUUUCUCGACUUUGCCAGUACCGCAUACAAAGCGUUCCCCAGCAAGGUGACCUUCAAACUUGACAUGUAUGAUCCUUGCCACGCAAGUAAAGGACCCGGCUUGUUCUUGAUCCGCACGGACUCCACCCCGUCUGCUCCCAAACAAAACGACCGCGUGGUUGGAAGUGCCCACCAAUUAGGGUUGUUCACUAGGCAGUUCCCUGCAAACGCGGGUGAUCAACUGUCUACAACCGAGGAGGAUGAGCCCCUGGUCACCAACACCACUGCCCGCCCCGAACUGACGAACCGAGGCGCCCAGGUGCCGAUGGACAGCCCGACUCCCUUCCGAUCUUUCCGUGAUGGGGGCAUGCCGGGCCUCCGCCGGACUGACACCAUUUUCAAUCUUGCUCGUCCUCAGCCCAAGGCCCCGACCGAGGCUCCAUUGGGUCAAUCGCCAAGCAAGGUUGCCCCAGCUAGGAAGCAAGGCAAAUCGCGGCUUAUGUCCUCUGACAUCGAAGUGAUCCAGGGGGCUCGGAAGAAGCCAGUCCAAUCUUUAAGUCUGAAGAGGCCCCGCUUAUCGAAGCCCGGAGCCAAGGUCCCGUUAGGCCCCGCCGAACCGCGCUUGGAAGAAGUGGACUUUGAGACGUUCCUCAAUGUUGCCCACGUCGAUCCAGAAGACUCGGCGACUCGUAAACGCUUGAAGGACAACGACAUCAUUCACUGGUCCUUUUUCCGCAGCUCCAACGAAGAGGAGUUAAAAGCCCUUGGGUUCACCAUAGGCAUGGCCCGAUUGUUGUGCGAAGGCGUCCCACGCUUAGAAAAAUAUAUUGCUAGCCAUGCGGUUACUGAGAGUGGCUCACCUAUCUUCUAG